CGAUCUAGGCCAGAAACCAAUCACCUGACAAACCUUUUUUACCGGACGACCGCUCGACACCCCUUUCAGACGAGCUGCUCGACAUCAAUUCGAACCAUCACCACCACUACACGCUCGUUACCUCUUUCAACUCCCUCUCUCAUCAUUUCGUACCGCUCAGCUCGGACAACACCCUCAAGCACGCACGAUACUACACCAUCCAUCAAGAUGUUCAACCCUUUCACCUUUGACAAGCCUGGUCCCAUCUACACCCUCCUCGGUUCGAUCACCCCGGAGUCAUUGAAGCCUAGCUAUGAGCUCACACAUUGGGUACCGGGCAAGACCCCGAUGAGCACCACGCAAGAGGUCGUCGUAGGCAUCAUCACGUACUUGGUGGUCAUCUUUGGUGGCAGGGAGUUGAUGAGGAACCGACCGGCUUUCAAGCUGCAAGCCCUGUUCCAGAUCCACAAUGUCAUCCUCUCAGCGGGAAGUCUCCUGCUAUUGGUCCUCAUGUUGGAGGAAAUUAUCCCGCUCUACAUGCGUCACGGAGCUUUCUGGUCUAUCUGUAACACCAAAGCUUUCACUCCCAGGCUUGUUUCGUUCUACAUUGUCAACUACUACUUCAAGUACCUCGAAUUAAUCGAUACCGUCUUCCUCGUCUUGAAGAAGAAGAAGCUGGCUUUCUUGCACGUCUUCCAUCACGCCGCGACUGCUGUCCUCUGCUUCAACCAGUUGGAGGGACAGACCUCGGUCCAAUGGGUCGUCAUCACCUUGAACUUGACCGUUCAUGUCAUCAUGUACUAUUACUACUACGCGACCGCUGGAGGUGCCAAGAUCUGGUGGAAGAAAUACCUUACUACUCUUCAGAUUACUCAAUUUGUCAUCGACCUCUUCGUCGUCUACUUUGCCAGUUACACCCACUUUGCCAUGUCCCGAUUCUCCUUCCUGCCCAACAUGGGUGACUGUGCUGGAUCCGAGUCGGCCGCGCUCUUUGGAGUCGGACUAUUGUCCAGUUAUUUGUUCUUGUUCAUCGCUUUCUACCGAGCUACUUACAAGGCUGGAAAUGUCAACAAGACCAAGCGAGCCGUUCAGCAGGCCGCCGCAGACGUCCGAGCCAAGUAAGGAUGCUCUUGCGAGGGUAUUGAGUAGCAGGGGACGGGAAACGAGCCGAGAGGAAGGAGCAGGGGAGAGCAAGGGCAGGGUCGAAACGACGCGGAAGAUGGGUGACGUAGGCAGAGCAGGGAGAACGGACCCCUGGGGCAUGUCAUCACAGUCUUUGUGUCAUUUAGCAUGACGAGGGGACUCGACCCGAAUCAGCAUUAUCGAUAAUCAGAACGAUCAGGAGAUAGGGGCGUUUUUGAGGGGUUCUC